AUGAAUGAGGAGGGCGCAGGAGCGCGGUUUGAGAACCUGUUCAAUUCGCAGAUGUACUACGGGGACGGGCGCGACGGGCGCGACGGGCGGGAGGGGGGCGGCGGGCGGCGGUGGCACCCGAGCCAGACGCGGGUGUUCGAUGUGUUUCUGGGCGACAGCCCGCGCGUGCGGCAGCCCGACAUCUUCGCGUACGAGGGCAAGGGCGGCAAGGAGGAGGAGGAGGAGGAGGGCGUGGCGCUGGUGAACACGGGGCAGGGGCUGGCGCGCGGCGGCGGCGCGCUGGCGCAGGAGACGCCGCCGGCGACGGCGGAUGAGGAGCGGCUGGGCGAGCAGGUGGGCGGCCUGGGCUCGCGGUCGAACUCGCUGCCCACGCCGCUGUCGACGGCGAGCCAGGGCGACAAGUGGCCGCCGCAAGUGGAGAGCGCGUUUCUGUCGGCGCUGAAGGUGAUUAUGAAGAACGGCACGUCGAAGAUCAAGCUGCGCGAGAAGAACUACGGGCGCAACGAGCUCAUCUCGCUGUUCAUCAAGCAUCGCUGUGGCGAGGUGCGCACGAAGAAGCAGAUCUCGUCGCACAUCCAGGUGUGGAAAAAGUCAAUUCUGAACAAGGUGUCCAAUAGCAUCGAGACCAACGAGUUCGAGAAGGAGCUGCUGAACCUCAUCGAGCAUGGCGCGGCGCAGACGAGCGAGAGCUGGCGCCUGUUUGAGGAGACGUUCAACGAGAUCUUGGACGCUGAGGAGUCCACCACGGACGGCUCCCUGAGCAGCGAGCGCAGCACCCCGGGUGGCGCGCAGGGCCUGCUCGUGCACUCCCCGUGUCUGACAGGCAUGGGCACACUUCCGCAGCAGCCCUCGAUCCUGGGUCCGAUGGAGUACAAGAAGGAGCCGACGACGCCGUUGGAAUACGCGCAGGAGAUAUACAGUCACCUAAAGUCCUACAAGUGCGUGCCGGUGAACACGGAACGCCAGAUAUACUCCCCGACAUUCCCGCCGGCGACUGCUACGCGGCCGCCCGUCGCGGCGAACGCGGCACCUACGGGGGACGAGUCCCAUAAACGUAUCAUAGAGGCUGCGAAGGAGGUCGAAUUCCAACAGAGGCGCCUCAUUGAGGAGCUAUUUCAGCAACAACCACAUAAUAUGAAGCAGCGGGGGCCGAUGAAGGCCCCCACCUCCUCCCCAGGUGGGUUUACUUCCUAUCGUAUGGACGACCAGAUACAGACCCCGUAUUCUGCCGGUUAUCCCUCGAAUAACAAGCCAAUGCCUCGCUAUUAUGGGGUUUCUUCGCAACAGCGUUACGCAUAUCCUAUGUUACAACAGAUGAGUUUUUCUACUUGGGUUCCUCGUAUGUCUCCAACGUCGCAUGGGUAUCCAUCUCAGCAGCAAUCGCCGUUGGCACCGCAAGUGGCAUUGCAUCAGCAGCACCUCCAGCAGAGGCCGCAGUCUUCUCACAUGCUUUCCCAGCAGCAGCAGCAGCAGCAGCAGCAACAACAACAGCAACAGCAGCAGCAGCAGCAGCAGCAGCAACAGGAACAGCAGGAACAACAGCAGCAUUCCCCUGCACAACACGCUCAGCAGUCACAGUCACGUCAACCUGUACAAAACUCUCAACAGCACUCGCUAUCACAGUCGCCAGUACUCACGCAACAACAGGUCUCGUUGCAACAACACUCACAGCAGCGCCCACACCCUCAGCACCCACAGCAGCAACACCUGCAGCAGCUGCAGCAGCAUUCGCGGCAAAUCCAUCUACAAUCUUCCGAGCAGCAAACACGGUCAUCACAGCAAUCUCAACCACCACCACAACCGUCAUCGCAACAUCCACAGUCAUCUCAAAAACGGCAUCAACAGCCGCAACUUCAACAUCAUUUGCCGCUGCAACUUCAGCACCCACCUCAAACUCACCAUCCACAUCACCACUUACAGCAGCAACAAAACCACCUACAACAGCACCACCUACAGCAGCAGCAGCAGCAGCAGCAGCAGCAGCAGCAAGCACAGCAGCAGUCACAACUUCAGAAUCCAGAAAAGCAGCAUUUACACAAGCAGCCAGCUUCGCCACCACCACAACCCCAAGCACAACCUCAAGUACAGCAACAAGCCCAGCAGCAACAGCAGCAAGCACAACAUCAAUCAUCGCAACCACCGCAACAGCAGGCACAACCCCAAGCACAAGCACAAGCACAACCACCUUCAACAGCACCGGCACCUCAACAACAUCAACGCCAACCAAACCAGCCACAGGCACCACAACCUCACCCGAACUCACAAGAAAUCACGCAGCAGCUUCCACAUCGACAGGCCCAUGCGCUGCAACAGACACAGCCAGCACAGGCAAUCAGCCCUCAUAACAAAGAAUACAGUGGUGACGAGUCUGCCUGA